CGCCGUUCACUUACUUACUUGGCUGUCGCCGACUUCCUCUAAACAGUUGCGUUCACUUCCUUCGCUUCACUUUGCAUCGCAGCUCAGAAGCGAGGCGUCAAGCGGACGGAGACCGGCGGCCCUUUAGGGGGUGGAAGAUAAGAGAAAAAGAAAAAAGAAAAGAAAGACAGAAGAGGUUCGCGCCCGCGAGAUAUGCUCGGUUGCUGAAGACUUGAGCCAGCGAAAAUGCAGAGCAUCAAGUGUGUUGUUGUAGGUGAUGGUGCCGUGGGAAAAACAUGCUUAUUAAUCUCCUACACAACCAAUGCCUUUCCCAAAGAGUACAUCCCCACCGUAUUUGACAACUACAGCUCCCAAAUGACAGUUGAUGGAAGGACUAUCAGCCUCAACCUGUGGGACACUGCUGGUCAAGAAGAAUACGACCGUCUACGCACGCUUUCCUACCCACAGACCAACGUUUUUGUCAUCUGCUUCUCUAUUGCUAGCCCACCAUCCUAUGAGAAUGUGAAACAUAAAUGGCACCCAGAAGUCACCCACCACUGCCCAAAUGUGCCUAUUCUACUAGUGGGCACCAAGAAGGAUCUUCGGAAUGACCCAGAUGUUGCAAAGAAGCUGAAAGAGCAGAACCAAACCACUAUCAGCUCGCAGCAAGGGGCAGCGCUGGCACGCCAGAUUCACGCCAUCAAAUACAUGGAGUGCUCGGCUCUCAAUCACGAAGGCAUCAAGGAAGUAUUUACUGAAGGCGUGAGGGCUUUUCUAAACCCUCAGCCCGCACCAACCAGAAAGCCCUGUGUGCUUUUGUAAUUUAACCAAAGAUGGAAAAUGAGCAGCCAUAAUAAGCCGGGAAAUUCGAAACAGAUGUAUUGUUUAACAACUUAACGUUCACUACAACAGUGCUCCUUUUUGUUCUGUCUGGGGUGCAGGUCCUAAUGUGGGUCGUUUUAAAAUGCACGCUGCCUACGGACUCGUAUCCUGGAUGUGACAUAGUGUACAGUUGCUGUUGUGACCUAUGAUGUAUGGCUUUUAAAUAAUCAGGAAUUCUAGCCACCGCUGUGCAAGUGCCAUAGCGUUUCUUGGCCUCUUUAUGCAUUCUUUACUGCUAAGCUUAAGCAAAUGGAAACUGAUGAACCGAUGUUGGUCCUACCAUAAUUUACUUAGACGUGUUGAGGUUUUCUGUACACAAAUGAAAUGCAGAAAAGGAUAUUUUUAUAAUGGAAAACAAAACCUUCUCCUGUAAGACAGUAACGAGUCAGAACUGCUUAAACAGAUUCUUCAGAAUAGCUUUGAGCAAAAAAACAGUUAGCUUUACAUUUAUUUCUAAAACAUCCCCUUGUGAUUUGCGACAUGUUAUUGCGAGUAAUGUCCAGAAUGACUGUCUAAUUAGUAGCUCGGAAAGAAUUCAUUGUGAAAUUUUGCAUAGGCUGAGACAUAAAGGGAAAACUACAAAGUUCCCCUUCUCUCAGUUAGUUGCAGGCUUCCUUUCCUGCCUUUAUGUAUUAAAAAAAAAAAAGGGAAAUACCACACGUAAAUGUGACUCUCUCUGCCGUGCCAGCAAGCACAUUACACUGUCAGUCAGUUUUCAUGACAAUCCGCAGACGUAGAGCAAAACCCACCCAGAAACACACAAGUUUGCUCCACAGUCUGCCACGCCUUUAGCUGCGAACACCACCCAAGAGAGGUGUCUGCAGCACAGAUGUGCCAGGCGGCUCGCUCGGCCCCCCUCAAAUCUCGAGUCUUAAUGGAGAGUGUCAGCUUUACAAAGCACUCAACAGCCCAACAGCUUACGUGAGUCUCUCUAGGUGUGUCCACACGGCCGGCUUCUCGGUUGUCACUUUCAGUUUACUGUCAGGACUGCGACUUGGAAACAACACCAAUACGUGAUGCUGUAGGCUAAGCGUGAAAGUCAAAAAUUCUUUACCGUUGCAAAUUUUCCUGUUAGAUUCAGAUUUACAAAAAAUAAAUAAAUUAGCAAUGGGGAAAAAAAAUGUGCAAUUGAAAAUUCAGAGAGAAAGCAGCUCCCUGUUCGACACACUUUACAUCUUUCCACCUCUAGGCUAGGAGUUCUUCAAUGGACUUUCAGUCGAGGCUUUUUGAAUUGGCAUCCAAGCCAAACUGCACUGCAACAUAAACACUUGGAAGUGGAAGUUUACAACAUCAAUGAGAGAAUGGAAGCCACAUGAAUUCAAACUUUAAUUUAAUGCACAAUUAUGUUCCCUAUUUUAAAGCUUUAUAAUCGGAGGAAAUAAAGUCUCCUACUUCUCACAGUGACACAACUCCACACAAAGCUGGAAGAUGGCAGCUUAAGCAGGAACCUCCACUGUUGCCAGUACAAGCUAUAUGGCCUCCUUUAACCUGGGGGUCGCAUUCACUUUUGUUACCCAUAGAAGGCGGACAUCUGGAGGUGUCACCCAGAGGCCUUGUGGUCUCAAAAGUGACCACAUUUGUUUCAAGAAGAAGGUGCAAAAACGUUUCUGUUUUUGCCAUAGUCGUCACACCACCGUUAAUGCACUGAAUGAAGAGAACUACCGGUUGCGUCACGAUUUUCCCAUGAUAACCGUGACAAAUAGAAGAAGUUGUGGUCAAAAGGAUUUUGACAUCAGAUGAAUUCAAAUAAGACUUGUGAAUGGGCAGACCAUGACGCACUGUGCUGCUACCUGAAGUCCAUCCUGAGUAAGACCUACAGCAGAUCCACUGAACUGUUGCUACCUCUGAAUUCUGUUGGGUUGGGACUUUGGGGAGCGGAGUGUCAGCUGGGUAUUGCAGUGCUCACCAAUCGUCUCUGAGCAGGACAAGCAGCUCAUGGCUAAAGGAAGCCAUUCUUAGGAAAAAACAAGUUAAAUGUGCAGCUGCUGUAUGAGGAAACAACGUCAGACCCAUAAUUGACCAGUCACGCAGCCGUGAACGCACUCAGUCAUUUGUUGGAAUGCGUCAGCCUGUGAAACAUGGGUUAGGUUUAGAAGAAAUAAUAUCGGUACAGACAAGGCAGCACUCACCUGGUAAGCAUGGAUGUGCCAAAGAAGAAACGAUCUGAUCUCAGGUGGCAAGUUCUAGAAUAGUGCGCGAUUCACUAGCGGCUUUAAACAAGAGCGGUGCACACAGAUUCAUGAGGUACUUUGUUUGUUAUACUUUUCUUCCUUAUUAAGCAGCAAGCGCAGUGAUGUACCCUUUUGAAGGGUUCAGUUUACGCCGAGGCCCUUGGGUCAGCUUUGAAUGUAUCGAAAAAGCUGCUGCUAUUCCUUUAAGUGAGCUGUGGUACUGAGAAAAGCUUUAAUUUAUUUAUGAUUUCACAAACAUAAGGCGACUUUUAAACACAAUUCAGUUAUGGGUGAAAAAAGGUGGCUUUACACAUGGUUUCAGAGCCUGAGUUAACUAUUGCUUGACCAUUUAUUUUAAAAUAAACUAGAGUUGUUUCAUUCUCUUAUUUUACCCGAAAUUGCAUUCCACCUAUUUUUAUUUAUUUAUUUGCCUUAGUUACAAAACAUUGCUUUCGUUGUAUUGAGAUAAUACGGUUAACUUUUAUUUACAAACACAAAAAUCUGUGUCUAUGGUUAUCCACCCAGAAUGUGCCGUCUUCCAGUUGUUUCGUAAAUUCUGAGAUCAUUUUAAAAUGGCAGAUAAACGUUCGCAUGUGCAAGCCGAAAUGCUCGGCAGAACCCUUUGGUUUAUACUGAGAAGUAGUCCUGCUGGACGGCCCUUUUAUGAAGGCUGGCACAAUUUCAGAGGGUCUGACCAGCUUGGAUGCCCCCACAGCUAGUCAGCUGAUGGGAGGGUCGAUGAGAAGAAGUCAAAAUGUCAGUUGGUGACUUAUAUUUUUAAUUUUUUUUUUCAUAUUUUAUUAAUGGAAUCUUUGCUUACUCAUCCUUAUAUUGUCAAAGCUUUCUUUAAUUUAUGAUUACAACGUUUUCAAAAUAAAUAACACUUGUAUUUUU